AUGUACGACAACCGAAACCUCACGGAUCUCCCUCCCGGACUGUUCGACAGCAUGGAGAACUUGGAGUCCUUCAAUUGCGAUUACUGCGGUUUGGGCCCCACUCUUCGAGCCGGGUCCCUAGCGUUCAGCAGUCCGACCUUGACGCACGUACGCCUCGCAGAGAAUGAUUUCGUCAGUCUCGAGCCGGGUGCCAUCUCGGGUGAGCGUUAA